UUUAAGUCAAUUUGCCAUCUUGUGGUAGUGUUUAUAGAUCUUUAAUCUGAGUUUUAAGACCUGUACAAUAGUGCUCUAUUUAGUUUAUGAGGAUGUAUUAAACAAUGGACGAGGGCGAAUUGGAUCUCUGCGACUCCCUGGACCCACACUACGAUGGCGGCGGCAAAAAGGUUGUGGUGGGCGUGUGUGCCAUGGCCAAGAAGUCGCAAUCCAAACCCAUGAAGGAAAUCCUCACGCGCCUCGACGAAUUCGAGUACAUCAAGAUGCUCGUCUUCCCAGAGGAGGUUAUCUUAAAGAGUCCCGUAGAAGAGUGGCCUAUCUGCGACUGCCUCAUAUCGUUCCAUUCGAAAGGCUUCCCGCUUGACAAGGCCAUACAGUAUGAGAAACUUAGGAAGCCGUAUGUUAUCAACAAUCUGCAUAUGCAGUACGAUAUCCAGUUUUCGCGGCUGUUACAGGAUCGCAGAAAAGUGUACGCUAUCUUAGAAGGUGAAGGAAUAGAGAUACCAAGAUAUGCAGUUUUGGAUAGAGACUCGCCGGAUCCUAAGCAUCACGAGUUAGUAGAAUCCGAAGACCACGUGGAGGUUAAUGGAGUUGUCUUCAACAAGCCUUUCGUAGAAAAACCAGUUUCUGCCGAAGAUCACAAUAUCUACAUCUACUACCCAACGUCAGCCGGCGGCGGCAGUCAGCGGCUGUUCAGAAAGAUUGGAAGUCGUAGCAGCAUUUAUUCGCCAGAGUCUAGAGUAAGGAAGACUGGAUCUUUUAUCUACGAGGAUUUUAUGCCUACUGACGGCACCGACGUCAAAGUAUACACAGUGGGUCCGGACUACGCUCACGCAGAGGCGCGGAAGAGCCCAGCUCUUGACGGAAAAGUAGAACGAGAUUCUGAGGGAAAGGAGAUCCGUUAUCCGGUCAUUUUGUCUAACCAGGAGAAGCUUAUUUCGAGGAAAGUCUGUCUGGCGUUUAAGCAGACUGUUUGUGGAUUUGAUUUAUUGAGAGCGAACGGCAAAUCAUUCGUCUGCGAUGUGAACGGCUUCUCCUUUGUGAAAAACUCCAACAAAUACUACGAUGACUGCGCUAAAAUUCUCGGGAAUAUGAUAUUACGCGAGCUAGCGCCGACGCUGCAUAUACCGUGGUCUGUGCCAUUUCAACUCGACGAUCCGCCUAUAGUGCCUACUACGUUUGGCAAGAUGAUGGAGCUAAGAUGUGUAGUGGCAGUCAUUCGUCACGGCGACAGAACGCCCAAACAGAAGAUGAAAGUUGAGGUGCGGCACCCGAGAUUCUUCGAAAUCUUCGAGAAAUACGCCGGCUUCAAGCGUGGACACGUCAAACUAAAGAAACCCAAGCAGCUGCAAGAAAUUCUGGACAUUGCACGCGCUCUAUUAGCCGAUAUACAUACGAGGCAUGCUGAUCCAGAAAUAGAGGAGAAACAGGGAAAAUUGGAGCAGCUCAAGAGUGUUCUCGAAAUGUACGGUCACUUCUCCGGCAUAAACCGCAAGGUGCAGAUGAAGUACCAGCCGCGCGGGCGGCCUCGCGGCUCCAGCUCCGACGACGGUAACGCGCCCCCACUACACGUAGAGGGCGCCGGCGAGCCGUCACUGGUGCUGAUCCUGAAGUGGGGAGGCGAGCUGACCCCGGCGGGACGGAUCCAGGCUGAGGAACUAGGGCGCAUGUUCCGCUGCAUGUACCCCGGCGGCCAGGGCCGGCACAUACCUGGUGAAGGCGGCACUCAAGGCCUAGGGCUCUUGCGUCUCCACUCCACAUUCCGCCACGACCUCAAAAUAUACGCAUCGGACGAAGGGCGAGUCCAAAUGACCGCCGCCGCGUUCGCAAAAGGACUGUUGGCUUUGGAAGGCGAACUGACUCCUAUACUAGUGCAGAUGGUUAAAUCUGCUAAUACCAAUGGACUUUUGGAUAAUGACUGUGAUUCUUCGAAAGUGCAGAACAUGGCAAAAGCGCGCCUCCACGAAGCAAUGCAAGUGGACCGCGAGUACGAGCAAGACCGCCAGCGCAUCAACCCCUGCGAGAGCCUCAGCAUCACUGCCGCCAUGGACUUUGUCAAGAACCCGGUGCGCUGCUGCGCGCACGUGCACACACUUAUACAGCAGCUCGUGCAUAUAGUGCUGGUGAAGAAGGACGACCCCAAGACUAAAGACACUAUCCUCUACCACGGUGAGACCUGGGAGCUGAUGGGCCGCCGCUGGGGCAAGAUCGAAAAGGACUUCUGCACAAAGAACAAGACGUACGACAUAUCAAAAAUACCCGACAUCUAUGACUGUAUCAAAUACGAUCUUCAGCACAAUCAGCACGCGUUGCAGUUUGACUUGGCUGAAGAGCUUUAUAUGUAUGCCAAGUACUUGGCGGAUAUUGUUAUACCGCAGGAAUAUGGACUGACCAUGCAAGAAAAGCUCACGAUCGGGCAAGGGAUUUGCACGCCGCUGCUCAAAAAGAUCCGCGCAGAUUUGCAGCGGAACAUCGAGGAAUCGGGCGAGGAGACGGUUAAUAGACUUAACCCAAGAUACAGCCACGGAGUAUCGUCACCGGGGCGACACGUGAGAACGCGUCUGUACUUCACUAGCGAGAGUCACGUUCAUUCCUUACUCACCGUGCUACGCUUCGGCGGGCUGUUAGAUGUGCUAAAAGACGAGCAAUGGCGGCGCGCGAUGGAAUAUGUGUCCAUGGUCUCAGAACUCAACUACAUGUCGCAGAUUGUCGUUAUGCUGUAUGAGGACCCUACGAAAGACCCUUGCUCUGAAGAAAGGUUCCACGUGGAGCUCCACUUCAGUCCGGGCGUGAACUGCUGCGUGCAGAAGAACCUGCCGCCCGGUCCAGGUUUUCGGCCACACAGUCGGAACCACUCCACUACUAACAACUCUCAGAGCUCUUCCGAAGAAGUGAAGUGUAUAGAAGAAGAAGCAGAAGAUGACCAGAUGGCGAGUCAGGAGACGUUACAGCCGGACACUGAUGAGCUGGAUAACACGUUUUCUCCGAGGAAGAAUUCUAAAUCAAAAUUGAGGCCUUCCGAUCCGAUUCCAAUUUGCAAUCUCCACUACACGGUGAGCGGCCACGAGGCGGUGUCGCUGGCGGCGCGCCUCAACGAGCUCCGGGCGCGGCCCGACCAUUCCUCACAUCGCGAAAAGAGCGAAGAGAAAGAGCAAAACCCCAGCGAAGACCCGCAACCCCGAGCGCGGAGCUACGACCAACACAAACAGCACGACAGCGUCCCCGUGCUAACGCUCACGACGCCUUCCGGGUCGAUUUCGGCGCCCGAAACGCCGGAAUUCGAUCUGGAAGGGGUCGAGUCCAGUACUAACGAGCUGCCGCUGUCCGCGAUCACAUUCGGUAGUAGAGUAGAGGUGGGGCCCGGGCGGGUGGCGUCGUGGCCCCGCCUCGAGGAGUCACUGUGGCGCGGCGCAGGGCGGCGCCAGCGGCACAGCAUCGGCGGCCAGAUGAGCUACCUCAAGAUGCUCGGGCUCGCGCGCGGCAAGGCGCAGGGCGCCGCGGGGCUCUUCAGCACCGCCGUCAUCUCCGGCUCCAGCUCCGCGCCCAAUCUGCGAGUCUGCAUACCCGCCGCUGCUGCCAACAACACCGCACUGGAAGGCUUCGGCGGCGUGCCGGCCAUAAGGCCUCUAGAGACUCUGCAUAACGCGUUAUCGCUGCGUCAGCUCGACGCCUUCCUUGAGCGAGUCACAGCUGCGCCCGUGUUGCUCGGCACACCUCCAUCAGCGCCGCCGCCCACUCCGCCCGCCAAGCCCGCCUCGCCCACCAACAGUGUGGGCUGGAGCGGGCCUUCGUCCCUGAUGUCGUCGUCGGGCGAGCUUCCCAGCGGGCUGUCGUCGGCCGGGCCUUCUUCACCCAACUCCAACUACGCCUCCAACUCAGACCACAAGAACUGCUCCGAAAGUAGCAAUUGGAGUAAAAAUGUGGCGAGCAAGCUCCCCCAGUGGGACGGGGAGGCGGCCACUCUGUGCGGCGCCGACGCCGGCCUGCCGCCUUUCGCGCACCACCCAGGUUCUUCUGUUAGCGGGGACGUGACGCCCGUGUCGCUCGCCUCCGAGCUAGAGUUCAACAGCAACGAGGCUACGGCCGGCUCCAUCACGGACCACGACCUUAUGAGUGCUGAAGGCGAGGACGACGAGGAGACGCUCUCGAUGGAGCCGCACAGCAGCUCGCCGCUGCGCUUCAUCCGCAACGACCUCGCCGCCGCCGCCGCGCCGCCCGCGCUCCCCGCGCACAAGCUGGACAACUGCCGCGCCUCCACCAGCGCCGCGCCAGACCUCGCCACCGACUUGCACAAGUCCAAGGACAACGUCAACAGCAUCAACAUUAACAUAGACAGCGAAAAGAACAACAAGUACACCAAAGUAGACUCCUCACACUAUAUAAGCAACUUGAACUCGCUCAACGACACCGGCAAGAACAAAAACAAGAAGAAUGAACUACUCAACAACGGGAGUCGGAGAUAUAGCGAUAGUAGCGCGCAGAAAAGCAACCCAGGAAACGUGGCGGGCAGCCGGUUCACCACGACGCUGGUCGCCGAGGACCUGCUGCGACCGGGCACGUCGAAGGAGAGUAAGUCCAAUAACAACUUGCCUAACGCCCCGGAGGUCAACGCCCCUUCGGUCACCAAAGCUAACAAUGCUGCCAUCAAGCCCGGCUUCACGAUCACGGACGAUUAGUGUAAACCACACCUAAAUCAUGUGCACCCUGUGCGAUGCUUUUCCAGAAUUACAUGUAUUAGUUUAAGAUGAAUUGUGAUAUUGUUAGAAAACACUAAUAGUGUGCAGGCUGCCAGAUAGGCUGUUAAGUAGCUAUUUUUAAUUAGACAAAUUUUGCCACUGUCAAUCACUCAUUAAAAUUAAAAUUGUAUCAUUGAUAAGUUCAAAUGCACAGAUUCAAUGCAAAUGUUUGGUAUGUGCUUCUGCUAGAACUGCUUGCACAAAAUAAAUGAAUGUUAUUAUGUAGUUAAAUGCUAUUCGCAAUACAGGUUUUUUAAUAGAUACACAUUUUCAGAUAAUAAACAGCAUCUUGAAUCAACAGGCUGCCUGGAGUAGACAAUUGUAUUAGAAUUCAUUUCUUACAUGCA